CAGGGCCUCAGGGCCCGCGGCGGGCGGGAGGGCGGGCCGGGCAGCGCGGGAGGCGAACGGCGGUGGUUCCGCUGGGCGGCGGCGGGAGCUGCCUCCGGCCCAGGCCCAGGCCCAGGCUUAGGCGGUUCUCUUGGCCGGGAAGAGCAGUCCCGGGGCUCUGCGCCUUCCUCCUCCUCACCCAGGUCACAGAGGUUUUCCUUCAGCCCAGGGGGAAGCCGAGCGGCUGAGGGAAGGUUUUGCAUCCAGUGAUCGCCAGGGAACAAACCCCUCUCGAAUCCUGUGCUUCAUCGUGGCUUCGGCUCUUCGGUUUCACUGCAGGCAACCAUCUUUUGGCAAGUGGCUUUGUUCACCUUACCGUUUGCCAUUAGAAGCCACCUGAGUUAGACUUACUCAGUUUUCUGUCACUUGCUAAUGGGAAUUGAUCCUUUGGGUUAUUCCUCGCACAGUUCUGGGGGCUUCAGUUGCCUUGAGUCAGAUAAGCACGUCAAUUAAGACUUGGAAAUGCCAGAGCAGGGAUGUAACUCCCACAGGAAAAAAAAAAAAAUCGUUUUUGGGGACAGAAGCUUACAGGGCGAAGACCAGAGCAUGGCAUUUACUGUAGCGAGGGGCUCUCCACGCUCUCCUGCGUUAGGGUUACUUGUGAUUUUGGGACUGUUGACUCAAAGGCUCCGAUGUUCCCAACCCACAGUGAACCUGCCUCGUGUGAAACUGCUCCCGGCUCUGCCGAUAGCUGUGUCAAAGUCCUUGCAAAAACCAGCACAAGCAAAUUCAGGCAAGGCCACGUUCAUCUGUUUCAGCCUACCUAUGAAAAGAUGCAUGCAAGCUACCUCUUGCUGAAGGUAAAUAACAGCUACAGGGACAAAAAUAGGCUAAGGAAGCGAUAAGAAACAAAGGCUGCAUAUGUUCUUCAUGACUAUGUUCUGUAUUUUAAAAUCUAUAUUCAUCUUUCUAAAAUACUGAACUGCAGUAUCUGUACAUACAAUAGGUAGCCUAAAAUCAGUGUAAACAACCGCCCAACUCAUUAGUAAAACAAGAAGAGCAACAGAAAAACCCCUGGCCCCCUCAUACAAAUCAGAGAUCUGUUUUGAAUGGAAAAAUCCAACCAGCUUUGAAAUCGCACAGCGGCAUUCAGACUCUAUUAUAAUGAAACUGAUGAAUCUCAGCUUUAAAGAGGAUGCUAAUUUCUAAUCCCCACGCUUGUGCAUACACACGCAGCCAGAAACAUCCACGCACUUUCAUCUGUGCUGGAAGAACCAAAGAAAAUAAAAAUUGUAUUGAUUUGACCUUUAUGAAACCACAUAAAACAGAGGCCACAAGAGGUCACCUUGCCCCUUCUCCUGGACCGAGGCGACCGGCAGGGCUAACUCCUUUCCUGCGUUCCUCAGAACCCCCCAGCAUCUGAUAACUGUGUUAAAUAACUCUGACUUUGGCUUACACAAAGAUACUCCUGACCGUGCCUGACAAAUCAAGCAGGCCUGGGAACUCAGAUAGAAACAGGAACCUGGCCUAAAGCUGUAGUUUGUGUACAGAAAUGGCAUUGAAUGUCUUAUUUCGUCUCAUUUCAUCACAGUUCGGUCCAUGGCUGAGGGCAACCAUUGAUGAAGUGGAAACAGAUGUGGUGGAGAUAGAGGCAAAGCUUGACAAGCUGGUAAAGCUAUGCAGUGGGAUGAUUGAAGCGGGCAAAGCCUACAUCACCACGAACAAGCACUUUGUCAGCGGAGUCCGGGACUUGUCACAGCAGUGCAAGAAGGAUGAAAUGAUUUCGGAGUGCCUAGACAAAUUUGGAGACAGUCUGCAGGAAAUGAUUAACUAUCACAUGAUCCUGUUUGAUCAGGCUCAGAGGUCAGUCCGGCAGCAGCUGCACAAUUUUGUGAAAGAUGACGUGCGGAAGUUCAAGGAAACUAAGAAGCAGUUUGACAAGGUACGAGAGGACAUGGAGAUUUCGCUGGUGAAGAACGCCCAGGCACCUCGGCACAAGCCCCAUGAAGUGGAGGAGGCAACAGGCACCUUGACCAUAACCAGAAAGUGUUUCCGGCAUCUGGCCCUGGACUAUGUGUUGCAGAUCAACGUCUUGCAGGCCAAGAAGAAGUUUGAAAUACUGGAUGCGAUGCUGUCCUUUAUGCAUGCCCAGUACACCUUUUUCCAGCAGGGCUACAGUCUUCUCCAUGAACUGGAUCCCUACAUGAAGAAACUAGCCACAGAGCUGGACCAGCUGGUGAUUGAUUCUGCAGUGGAGAAGAGGGAGAUGGAGCACAAGCAUGCGCUGAUACAGCAGAGGGAUUUCUCCUAUGAUGACUCGAAGGUGGAGUUUAAUGUUGAUGCCCCUAAUGGAGUGGUGAUGGAAGGCUACCUCUUCAAGAGAGCUAGCAAUGCUUUCAAAACAUGGAAUCGGAGGUGGUUCUCCAUACAGAACAGUCAGCUGGUGUACCAGAAAAAGCUAAAGGAUGUCCUCACGGUAGUGGUGGAAGACCUGCGGCUCUGUACUGUCAAGCCGUGUGAAGACAUAGAGAGGAGGUUUUGCUUUGAGGUCGUCUCACCUACCAAGAGCUGCAUGCUGCAGGCUGACUCGGAGAAGCUGCGUCAGGCCUGGAUUCAGGCUGUUCAGGCUAGCAUUGCUUCUGCCUACCGGGAGAGUCCUGACAGCUACUAUAUAGAAAGACUGGACAGAACUGCUUCCCCAUCAACUAGCAGCAUUGAUUCUGCUACCGAUUCCCGGGACCGCAGUGUGAAAGGAGAGACCAUUCUGCAGAGAGUGCAGAGCAUCCCUGGGAAUGACCAGUGCUGUGACUGUGGUCAGCCGGAUCCUCGCUGGGCCAGCAUCAACCUGGGCAUUCUGCUGUGCAUCGAGUGCUCUGGAAUCCACAGGAGUCUGGGUGUUCACUGCUCAAAAGUCCGAUCUCUCACACUGGACUCCUGGGAGCCAGAGUUACUGAAACUGAUGUGCGAGCUGGGGAACAGCACCAUGAAUCAGAUUUAUGAGGCACAGUGUGAAGAGUUGGGACUUAAGAAACCAACAGCAGGGAGCUCCAGGCAAGACAAGGAAGCCUGGAUCAAGGUGAAGUAUGUGGAGAAGAAAUUCCUGAAGAAGCUGCCAAAUGGGGAGACUCUAACAGAGAAUGAGCGGAAACCUCGGCGCUGGUGUGUGAAGAAGUGCCAGAGACACAACAGCACCACGAAAGCACCCACAGCUCGUAGAAAGUACCGCCAUGAAGCAGGCAAUGCAUCACCAGCCAUGUUGUCAUCAGCAGCUACCCUGGAAAGGAAGUUCCGUCGAGAUUCCCUCUUCUGCCCUGAUGAGCUGGACUCUCUCUUCUCCUACUUCGACACCGGUGCUGGCUCCGGCCCACGCAGCCCUGCAGGUCUGAGCAGUGACAGUGGGCUUGGAGGAAGCACAGAUGGCAGCACUGAUAUCCUGGUGUUUGGCUCUGUGGUGGACAGCGUGACAGAGGAAGAGUGCGAGGUGUCAGAGGAGUCAAGUGGUGAAGCAGAGAUUGAACAGGAAGCAUCAGAUCUGGAGGACCUGAGGGAGCUGCAUCCUGGCUUGUUGAUCUACAAGGCAGCACAAGCCCGAAACCUGCCUCUCAUGGCAGAAGCACUGGCACACGGUGCGGAGAUCAACUGGGUGAAUGAUGAAGAUGAAAACAAAACUCCUCUGAUUCAAGCUGUGAUGGGGGGCUCCUUGAUAGCCUGUGAAUUCCUGCUGCAGAAUGGAGCAGAUGUUAACCAAAGAGAUAUCCGAGGCCGGGCUCCCUUGCAUCAUGCCACAUACCUAGGGCAUACUGGUCAGGUCUGCUUGUUCCUCAAGCGAGGGGCAAACCAGCAUGCGGUGGAUGGCGACGGGCAGGACCCACUCAGUAUUGCUGUCCAGGCGGCCAAUGCAGACAUAGUUACUUUGCUGCGUCUGGCUCGAAUGAACGAGGAAAUGCGAGAAGCAGAGGGCCCCUUUGGACAACCAGGAGACGCUACCUACCUGGACAUCUUCCGGGAGUUCUCUCACAUGGCUUCGAACAACCCUGAGAAACUCAAAAGGAGGAGCCUACAUUUCAGCCGCUCCUGCAGCUAGUCCCUUCCCUCCCUCUCCCUUCCCCCCGCCGGAGGGCCAGGCUCUGAGCUGCCCGUGAGCGCAGCCGGCAGAAACGUCCGAGCGGGCGUAACAGCCAAGCCGAGCUCAGCUGCUGAAGAAGGAUGUUCUCUGUUCAGACACGCUCCUGCGAGAAACCUGUUUUUGCCCUGGUGGCUGCUUUUGUGCCCUGACCGGGGAGGUGGCAGCUGUUCCGGGGGUAAUUCCAGAACAGGCACGCAUUCCGACUGCAGGCCUUGCACUGCCUGAAUGCACCUUAAAAUGAGUUAAGCUGAUCUUUUAGCUAUCAAUGCCCUUCCUACAUCGCUAUAUCUGGGAAAACCUCCCCUUUCGGGGUGUAUGCAAACACUAGCAUUUAUGAUACUGCAACAAUUCCCGCCCCUAAAAUGAAGUGCAGGUAAGCGGUCCUGACCACAGAGGAUGCCAGGAGGAGGCCAAGUCUGCAGCACUCCUAAAAACGAGGGAAAAUGAAUGUCGCAGACGUUUAGUUACGCUGCUUUGCGGUGGUGCCGCUGGAGCGGGACUGCUGAGCUCGCUGCCAGACAGCGCUGGCCCCCGCCGUGCGCUGAGGCGGUAGCAGCUUCCCACAACGGCACCAGAACGCAGCCCGCUGCGGCACGAGGCCCUCCACACGCAGACCUGUCCCCUCGAAGGAGAAAGGCCUCCCGGGACACAGCACCCGACCGCCACUCGGCCCGAGCGGUCCCAGCCCCAGCCACCCCGCGGCGAAACACUUCAUCUCGCCGCGUAACUCACCCAAGAUACCUCUACCCCAGGGCGCUUGGAGGCUUUUGGUUUAGCGCGGACCAGGAGAUUUAAUACCGAUCCCACGGGGGCUUUACGAGCAGUGCUGAAAACAGAAUCUAGCUCUUUCCCUCAGGGGCUCUCCAUCUCCUGCUGGCUGUGCAUCUCACUGUUAGGAGAGUUGUACUCUUCUGUGAGGCACGGCUUCCAGUAUUAUUUUGGUCAUUUUUAUUAUUGUAUCUCUUAGUUACCAAAAAUAAUAAAAGGUUAUGUGUGGGCUAUACAGGUAUAGGCACCACGACAUAAUAAAGUGCAUUGUCAGAAGGAUCUACAUAAACUAUGACAUGCUGAAAUGUAAUAUAUCUUACGGUGGAAGAAAUGUAUUUUUUCUGAAAAGGUGGGAGCGAAGAAAAUUUCACAUGCAAACAGCAUCUACGAACUGAGAAUAAAGACAGGAUUUUCUUUUUUUAAAUUCA